UUGAAGUCAGAGCAACAGGUGUGAAAGCAAUUUAAUAACCACACAGUCUUCGAUUUUACAGUUUUGUUACGCAAUUUGAGCACUCCGUCAUCUUGACAAUUAUGACAAGAAGUCGACAAACAGUACGAGAAAUUUUAUAAUGUAUAAUUACAACCAGCUUGUCAUGGACAGAUGGAUUAACUCACGUGAGCUUCAUUGUUUUAUCUGUUUAACGACUGGAACUUGCCUUUUCUUUCAACAAUCCUUUCAGGCAACGAAAACAGGAAAAAGCGAAUGCGCCAUGAAUUUAAUCAUCCGUUUACUUCUCCUUAAAGCUGCUGGGAUGUAUGUUGCGCCGUGUUAGCUUUGUCACUUCGGGUGGUAUUCAAAUCACGGUUGAAUCAAAGAAAGGACUUGUUUACUGUAAAAGCAAACAAUAAAAGGCUGGUACUAAAAUGCCAAGAUGUUAAACCUAGUUACUGUAAUUUAAAGUCGAGAGACAAUGAUUGAAUUGUUUUCAUGGAGUAGUGUGAGGUAAUGAACUUGAAGGCAGCAUAGUAAUGCUAAUUUUCGUCCUCGUCUUUUGUUCUGGUUUUCUGACGCGUGGAAGUACAAAUCACAAAAGUGUACGCAAAGCAUACAGUUGUUGUGAGGGUUAGGACGAUUGAAAAGAACCUUGUUAUGACCAAUUUUGUCCGGCUAUGAACUUCCGAUCGUAAAGAUGAUCCAAUUCGCAAGUUACAUCGACAGGCAAAAGUCCGGCCCGGGAAGUUCUGAAAAGUCCCAAAAAGUACACUCGGCUAAUUGGAAAGAAGAAAUACAGCUUAAGAAAGAGAUGGAUUGUUUAAAUAAACAGGAACAGCAAAGAGUUGCCAAAAUAUCGUCCGAUCAAAGACUUGUUGUACAUCGAUUUCAACGUAAACUCUCCCUUAGCGUAGACAUUGCAAAGAAGCACGACGAGGUUAAAGAGAGUUUAGACAGUAAUCACAAACGCGCUCGGGAAUUACGGAAACUACAGAACGAAAACAAUGAUACCAACGGUGAAGAGAGAAUGUCUUUGAGGCAGCUGCGCUGUUUAAGUGCAAGCCCUAAGCCGCCGUUGCCGAAAUUUAGAAGGGCAAAAUCAUGCGAGCCACCUCGCCUAGACAGCGCUGCAUUAUAUGGCGAAGAGCCGCAAUGCUUUACAGAAAAACCCGAUCUACCGCCUCGACCGAUGACAGCUCUGGAAAAGCGAAACAAAAUGUGGGAGAGACAGCUUAAAACUGUAACUCAAAGACUGAACCGAGCAAGAAGCGCUCCAGCGAGAACGUCAUAUUAUAAAGUCCCAGAGUUUAGCGUAAUGCAGAGAAAUAACGCCCGAGAUUCCAAAAAUGCUGGUCAAAAACAACGUCGACAUACUUCUUUAGAGAUUGACCUGGAAUAUUUUCGUCGAGUGCGUGAAAAAGAGCUUUAUCUCCAGAGACAAGCUGUAAAGAAUUUUAUCAAAAGUAUCGAGCCUUUAGAAUUGGUUCAAUGGACGCCAGGUCACGAACCGACUGAAAAUAACAACGAGCGAGAACUUGACUCUGUUGUUAUGACGGCAGUUAUGCUAAACAAACAGGACGUUGUGAACGUGAAUAGAUCAAAGACGCGUUCAGUAGGUUCUUAUAACACAAAAGAUGUAUCCAUUGUGGCAACAAAACGAGGAAACGGUGAAGAAAGAAGUACUAAUAUGAUUAACAAAAAGAAACUGUUCAAUGCCUGGAGUUGAGAUGGAAAAUUAGGCCACAAUGCGUUUAUAUCAUGACUCUGAUUAUUUAUUCCUCGUUGAGUAAACAAACAAUUAGAUGAAAUUUUUUAACUAUGUGUGAGUGUACUUUGAGUGAAUAU